UCAUGGUCAGAGCAGCCUCCCGUCUUCUGCCUCGGAGCCGAUUUCACCAAAACUGAAAAUGCAGGCUCCGUGCUCAGCAGCUCCUAACCGGGCUCGGAGGGUUAGCCCCUGUCUCUGGCCCAGGCCAUAGCAUCAGAAGACAGGCUUGAGUGGCAUUCUUCUCAAACAGGUGGCCCGCCGGCCGCUGAGCCCUCCGCGCGGCGGGGAGCCGCCCUGCACCUUGCCCGCGGCGGCCGCUGACCAUGACCAUGACCCUCCACACCAAGGCGUCCGGCAUGGCCCUGCUGCACCAGAUCCAAGGGAACGAACUGGAGCCCCUGGGCCGCCCGCAGCUCAAGAUCCCGCUGGAGCGGCCGCUGGGCGAGGUGUUCGCGGACGGCGGCGGCGGCGGGAAGCCCGUCUACAGCUACCCGGAGGGCGCCCCCUACGACUUCGCCCCCGCCGCCGCCGCGCCCGUCUACGGCCAGUCCGGCCUCGCUGCCUACGGCCCCGGGUCCGAGGCGGCGGCGGCAGCGGCGGCGGCAGCUGCGUUCGGGGCCAACGGCCUGGGGGGCUACCCGCCGCUCGGCAGCGUGUCUCCGAGCCCGCUGGUGCUGCUGCACCCGCCGCCGCAGCUGUCGCCCUUCCUGCACCCGGGCCAGCAGGUGCCCUGCUACCUGGAGGACCAGCCGAGCUACGCGGUGCGGGAGGCCGGCCCGCCCGCCUUCUACAGGCCAAAUUCAGAUAAUCGGCGCCAGAGUGGCAGAGAGAGAUUGACCAGCAGCGGUGACAAGGGCAGCUUGGCUGUGGAGUCUGCCAAGGAGACGCGCUACUGUGCAGUCUGCAAUGACUAUGCUUCAGGCUACCAUUAUGGAGUCUGGUCCUGCGAGGGCUGUAAGGCUUUCUUCAAGAGAAGUAUUCAAGGACAUAAUGACUACAUGUGUCCGGCUACCAACCAAUGCACAAUUGAUAAAAACAGGAGGAAGAGCUGUCAAGCCUGCCGAUUACGCAAGUGCUACGAAGUCGGCAUGAUGAAAGGUGGGUUACGGAAAGACCGAAGAGGAGGGAGAAUGUUGAAACACAAGCGCCAAAGGGAUGAUGGGGAGAGCAGGAAUGAUGCGGGGACCUCUGGAGACAUGAGAGCUGCCAGCCUUUGGCCAAGCCCUCUCUUGAUUAAGCACACGAAGAAGAACAGCCCUGCCUUAUCUCUGACAGCCGACCAGAUGGUCAGUGCCUUGAUGGAGGCUGAGCCCCCCAUAAUCUAUUCCGAGUACGAUCCUAGCAGACCCUUCAGUGAGGCUUCGAUGAUGGGCUUGCUGACCAACCUCGCCGACAGGGAGCUGGUUCACAUGAUCAACUGGGCAAAGAGGGUGCCAGGCUUUGUGGAUUUGACCCUCCAUGAUCAGGUCCACCUUUUGGAAUGCGCAUGGCUGGAGAUCCUGAUGAUUGGUCUUGUCUGGCGCUCCAUGGAGCACCCAGGGAAGCUCCUGUUUGCUCCCAACUUGCUGUUGGACAGGAACCAGGGAAAAUGUGUAGAGGGCAUGGUGGAGAUCUUUGACAUGUUGCUGGCUACAUCAUCUCGGUUUCGUAUGAUGAAUCUCCAGGGAGAGGAGUUUGUGUGCCUCAAAUCCAUCAUUUUGCUUAAUUCUGGAGUGUACACAUUUCUGUCCAGCACUCUGAAGUCUCUGGAAGAGAAGGACCAUAUCCACCGAGUCCUGGACAAGAUCACGGACACUUUGAUCCAUCUGAUGGCCAAGUCAGGUCUGACUCUGCAGCAGCAGCACCGGCGCCUGGCCCAGCUCCUCCUCAUCCUCUCCCACAUCAGGCACAUGAGUAACAAAGGCAUGGAGCAUCUGUACAGCAUGAAGUGCAAGAACGUGGUGCCCCUCUAUGACCUGCUGCUGGAGAUGCUGGAUGCCCACCGCCUGCACGCCCCGGCCAACCGCGGGGGCGCCCCCAUGGAGGAGCCACACCAGGGCCAGAUGGCCACCACGGGCCCAACUUUACCACAUUCCCUGCCAACGUAUUACAUCAGUGGGGAGGCAGAGGGUUUCCCCAACACGGUCUGAGAGCUCCCCAUCCCCCCAAGUGUCUGAGAAUCCCCGCAGCAUUCUCCCCACGUCAUACACCACCCAUAGCAAAAUUCUGCUCCUGAACACACUCCGGCUUGCACCCAGUACCACGGCUUCCUACUCAGUGGCCUGCGUCUGCUUGUUCGGUCCUUAGUGGUGCGUCUCCUUUUGGGAACAGCCAAAGGGACCCAGAGCUAACCUCUUGGGGAGAGCUCUCCUUCUCCCUUUGCUAUGUGGCUAAGCGUGAGGCUGCCAGGAGCUGGCGCGACUGAACUUGGGCUCCGAGCUGGGGCUCAGAUGAGUGUGCACUGAAGCUACCUACCGAGAGCCAGGCCUGGGGAGCGGACGUGGCACCUCUGAGAAGCACUUUCUAAUGAAUCUAAGCCACAGGAGAGAAUCGCAAGUGGCUCCUGUACCUGCCAACUUGGAGAGAGCUAGGUGGAGGGUUUAUUGUAGCAUCCUCUUGUAUUCCUAUAGUCAUGUAUCUUUUUAUUAAACACCUUCACGCUUUCGCUCUGUUGCUUGGCUGUAGCUGCCGGUUCCGUGAUUGUCUAUUCAUUUCCCCUAUAGGAAUACAAGAUGCGCACAGGGAAGGAAGACCCCCUAGUUGUCCACUUCAGACACUGCUCCUCCAGACUGGCCGAGUGCUCCCCCAUUGGCUCCCCGAGAGCACUUUGUCCAGUCCUGGGUCCCGGUGGAUCCUGCUUCCCCAGAACCCGUGGAAAACAGCAAGUUGUCCCAGCUAAGUCACCUCCAGGGCCCCGUGAGGGGUACAUCCUUGGUUUUUUCUUUUUGUUUUAUAAAAGGGAUCCCUCUCCCCAUAGGACUCACCUGCUGUGCUGUGGUCUCACAUGUACCACCGGGGAUGCGCUCCUUGGAUCUCUCUAGUGUGUAAUUUGCAUGGAAGGUGGAUCUAGUCAUGUAAGUGCCCAGCCGCUGACCAAAAUCACUUUAAAGGAGAGGGCACCCUGGUGACACGUGAAGCCCUGGGGCACUGGCCUACAUGAGCACAUGUGCAUGACUGUCGGGUCUAGAGCACAGCGAGGAGAGCAGAGUGAACACUGGAUGACACUGGGAGACUCUGGGUGGCUGGCCACACUGCACUGUGGCUGCCUGGGACUUGGGGGCUGGCCUCCUUUUCUGUACUUCCCCACAUGGCCCUGAUUGGAAGCAGCAGCAGUGGGCAGCGGCGACCCUACAGUUGGCCCAGCACACUCUGAAGCUGUGGUGAGUGUGUGGGGGGAUUGGGGGAGCGAGGAGAGGAGCACCCCCUCUUCAGGCGCCUGGGCUUGCUCAGACUACACAUGCCCUUGCUUAUUUACUAAGAUCAUCCAAACAGAAGGGCUUGGCCUGGGGAGGGGAGAAACUGCCCCUAGGGCUCAUUUCCUUAAACUGACACUCUCUCUCCAGGAGAGAGAGACUAAACUUGAGCCCCAGAAUCCAUUGACCUUGAGAUGAAAAAAAGGAGGUCUCACACCAGCCAAGGGCAGCCUUCCCCAGGACUCUUUCUUAUAGAGAGCACUUACGGGUUUCCUCUUCUCAGCUAAGAAACAAGUUUACUUUCUGCCGAUGACCUCCCCGUCUGUCAUUUGAACCCCAGCGGGAGGGGAUGUGUGGGCCGAUAACCCAGCCAAGCUCCCAGGGUUUCUCCGGGGAUGCCUGUUCCACAGAGUGGAUUUCACUCGUUUCUAAUUGCCCAGCCAGUGGCCGUCAAAGGCCUGGGAACCAGGGAGGGUCAGGGGAAAAAAAAAAAAAAAAAAAAGAUGUUUCCAUACAUGCGCAUCUAAAUUUGGGGGCAGUUGUAUGUGUCAUCAUUCAGAAUAUGUUUAGUACAUAAUUCCUUUGUUGUUUUGUUUAAUAAGCACCUUAUAUAGUAUAAUAUAUAUAUUUUUGAAAUUGCAAUGCUUGUUUAUCAGACAACUGAAUGUAGUACUUCUGUUCUGGAUUUGAUUUGACUGGGUUAACAUGCAAAAGCAACAAACAUAUUCAUUUUUUUUUGUAAGUAGUCAUUGAUGCCUAAGGCCUGGUGAUUAUUCAUUUAAAUGAGGAUCACAUUUCAUAUCAACUUCUGUAUCCACAGUAGACAAAACAGCACUAAUCCAGAUGCCUAUUGUUGGAUAUUGAAUGAUAGACAAUCUUAUGUAGCAGAGAUUAUGCCUGAAAAGGAAAAUUUAUUCAGGGCAGCUAAUUUUGCUUUACCAAACUAUUAGUAGUAAUAUUUUUGGACUGUAGCUAAAUGGGUCAGUGGGUUCUUUUUAAUGUUUAUACUUAGAUUUUCUUUUAAAAAAAUAAAAACAAACAAAAAAAAUUAGGACUGUAGAUGAUACAAUACCAGCUAAAUCCAAACAAUACUACAGUGGAGAGUUUUACAUUAUUCAUCAGAUGUCAUUUGUAAUCAUGUUAAGGUACUACUACAUUUGACAUGGGCAGAGAAUACCAGAUGGCUGGAAUGUUGGCCCAGGAGUCUCAGAUAAUUUUAGAAAUCUCUUUUUAUUCUCAUUUGAAGUGCCACUAAUAGGCAGCUGACCCUUUGCAGCUACCGUUGCUGUUGGGGUCAGGGAGCAUACUGUGUUUUCCCCUCACCACGAGGCAGUUUAGAGUUUAAAAGACAUGGUUGGCCUGGGCAGGGGGUACUGUGGGCAAGUGGGCUCAGAGAUUUGGAGAAUGGGAAAUAAAGUAAUAAGAAUCUGGAAAGGAUGGUGAGUCAGAUUGAUAUUGCUGUCUGGGGUUCAGACUUUUGCCCUGGAAACCACAGAUAACUAGCUCUAUCUGACGCCAUUGCUAAAGGGACAGCUCACGCUCCAGGGAAGAUCAGGCGAUACCCUCAGUCCAGCCCAGGGAACAGGCAGUGGUCUGUGCUUGUUUUGGCCACUGCCGAGCUCCAGGCUGCUGUCCCGAUUCGGUAAUGCCGUCACACACAAUCCAGGGCUAGCUAGCUCGUCCAAAGAGAAGAUUCCAUGUGGGUUGCCAAAUCCCCAAGGAAGUGCAGUCUGUGCAUAGAUUUCCCUGUUAAUGUGUGUGUUUAACAUGCCAAUACCCCAUGUCUUUCGGGGGCUGAACAAAUAAGGGACUUACUGAGAAACUGAGGAUUUACUUUCAGUCACAGGCACGUGUUCUCACCUGUUACAUCGGAUACAUUGAAAUGGCCAUUGAUGUAGGCUAUUGGUUUAGAGUACCCCUACGUGGAACCCAUUCCAAACCUUGUCCUAUUUCUGAGAUGGACCACGCAUACCCGGGAUGAUCACUUAGAUCAUCAUCUUGUCUGCAUUCAAGGCCAAUCCGCUUGGGGAAGCUGGUUAUUAAAGGCAGAUGGAGUCAUGCCCUAGGUUAGAGGCCAGCCUUGGGCGGAUGGCCAGAUCACACUGCCCACUCCUGUAGGUGAGCUACCUGAAAACAUACUUGCCCUCAGCUGCAGCAAAUGAAUUUGACUGUAGCUCCAAACACUCAUCCCCUCAUUCAUCUGACUACUCUGUGCCUGGCUGCAUUUCUUCCCCCUUUGGUUCAAAGUGAGGGUGGCCUCUUUCUAAGUCAUUCGCAAUUGUUUUCUAAGCAACUGCUGCCUCGUUUAUGGCACUUCAAUUUUUGCACUGUCUUUUAGAUAUUCAAGGAAAUUUUCUAUUCUUUUUUUUUUUUUGCAUCCAAAUGUGCCUGAACUUUUAAUAUGUGUCAAUGCUGCCAUGUCCCAAACCCAUGUUGAGUGUGUUUCCACAGAGCUGUGUGCCCUGGAGACAGCAUGAAGCCCCAUGAGCAGGUGCCUGAGACACGGACCCCUUUGCAUUCACAGAGAGGUCAUUGGUUACGGAGACUUGAAUUCAUAUGUGACAUUAUGCCAGUUUAUGUUCUCUCAUGACUUGCAAACAAUGCUUUUCUGUGCACUUCAUACUCUUCAGUGUAGAGCUCUGUCUUAUGGGGAAAGGCUCAAAUGCCAAAUGGUGUUGGAUGGAUUGAUACGCCCUUAUGCCGAUGCGUUCUAUUAUUGAUGUGAUUCUGUUCCGUUUGCAGCUUUGCUUUGUUUAAUGAAACACACUUGUAAACCUCUUUUGCACUUUUAAAAAAGAAAAGAAUCCAUGGGAUGCUCAAGCACCUGUAAACAAUUUUCUCAACCUAUUUGAUGUUCAAAUAAAAAACUAGACAAAAGAC